UAGGGGCUCAAUCCCAAUGAAACUAUCGGUCUACGUCGAUCGAUCCAACUCCACGGGGACUCUCGCUGAAUGUCACCGGGUUAAUAAAUGAACACACCUCCUUCUGGGGUUAAGCAAAAUACAGAAAAAAAUGGUAAUUAAAGUAGUACGUUGGAAACAAGAGGAGACGUCCAUCUGUUUAUUCGGUUGCAUUCAGCAAGAGUCCUCCCGGAGUUGGAUCGACCUACGUAAACCGAUAGUUGCAUUGGGAAUGAGCCCUAGCUCGCAAUCAGGCGACUGUUUGCCAAAAUCGCAAAGGCGUUGUAUGAGGAUAGUCAUUUUCAGUAACAAAGGAACCGAACAAAAAUGAAAUGAACGGAAAACCUGGAUUACAGUACGCCUUAAUUGCGUCAGCUGAACUGAUGUUUCAAAAGUGGUCAAAACACCGGUGAUAAACCCUACAUGUCACACAGAGAAGAAUUUAGCGAAUUAACAGCAAGUGUUUGGAACACUACCAAGCAUCAUUUCUGGUAAACAAGAAGGAGACCCAAGAUACAAAUGUACGAUGGCUUAUCAUCUCAACGGAUCUCAUUAUCAGACUAGUCUCCACCAACAAGAUCAUAUCUCGGAAGAAAAUCAUCGCCAUGCAGGUGCAAUUCUAUUGCAGAACAUGUCUCACCCCGAAGAACAAACGACGGAAAACGAAAACCAUGAAAACGAUCUGAAAACAAAUGUGUCAAUUAAUGAAUAUGUUGUGACAAAUGUCAAUGGCAACAAUGAGCUUGAGAAGGAAUGUGUCAUACCAGAUAUUAACGGCGGCCAUGAUGUCAGUGACGUCAGCGAUAUCUGCAAAGAGCAUGUGAGCAAUGGUGCCGACGUGGUCGACGCGUCACCGAAUACUGUUCUAGAAUCACUACAAGACGGAUGUGCCGAUGGCGGAUUAAUUAACAAUACAAAUAACGAUGCCAAAACUGAUUACAGUAUUAUCAUUCAUGGUUCAAAUGUCAACUCUAAGUUAGCAGCACAAGAAAGUGCCAGUAUUAUAGGCAGUGUGCCCAACAGUCUUUCUCAAAACCUGUUAAUUGUUGGAAACGGAUCUUGUGACAAUGACCAAAUCCCGAAAACCAAAAGCCUUGCAUCGAAACAUAAUCCACUGAGCGCCACUAUGUCGGCUUCAGACGAAAUGAGCCACGUUACAGAAAAUGGCCACGUGCAUUCCGUCAGCACUAAACUGGCAAAUGAAAACAGCGCUUCCGUAGAUGGUGACAGCAUUGAUCCAUUUUAUAUCAACAACGGUAUAUCACUAAUCGGUUAUGACAACAAAGGGUUUGAUGUAAAAGAUGACGAGGUUUGCGCAAAUGGCAAGGUUAACACCUCUGAUGUCGUUGUAAGUGGUCAUACUUCCAAAAGAGAUAGGAAAUUAAGCGAAAGAAGUGUCGGAGGAGAAAGUUCUUAUUCAGGUACGCAACGCAGGUUGAGCUUAGCGUCGUGGUCGCCUGUCGUAAGCUUGACGGAAUCAAGACAGCCAUCAGUGGCGGAGAGCGCCGGAGUUCAGACCGACCGCUGCAUCGAUUGGUUGGUGGUCUUGGCGUCCUUCUUCAUUCACUUUAUUGUGGAUGGGAUUUUAUUCUCUUUCGGUGUGCUCUACGUCACCCUGCUGAACGAAUUUGAAGAAAGCAAGUCGGCGACUUCUUGGGUUGGCUCCAUUCAGAAUGCAGGGAGUUGGAUCAUGGGUCCGAUAGCAAGCGCCUUGUCAGACAAAAUUGGACAUCGGGCUGCUGGAAUCGCAGGUUCUGUUCUCGCUGCGACGGGAUUUGGCGUGAGUUCCUUGGCGCCAAACUUGUCCAUUCUGUAUCUAACAUACGGGGUCAUGACUGGCCUCGGUUUUGGACUCAUGUAUUUUCCGAGCAUUGUCUCCGUUCAGGAUCACUUUGAAAAGAGGAAAAGUCUUGCUAUGGGAAUCGCAGUGUGCGGAUCAGGCGUUGGGACAUUUUCAAUGGCGCCCUUCACAGAAUUUCUCAUUAAAACUAUUUCUUGGAGGUACACACUUCUCGUAUUGGCGGGACUUUCUCUCUCAGGGAUAGGCUUUUGCAUGUUGUUCCUCCCACCUAAGCCAAAGCAAAAUGAAGAAAUUCUUACAGAACAGACAUUAACACGCUGUGACACAGUGGCAAUGUUUUUCAAAAACGUGAUCGACAUUUCCUUACUUCGAGAAUUAUACGGUGUCAUAUGGCUUGCGUGCACCUUCACAGUCCAAGUAGGAUUCUUGGUGCCUUAUACCUAUAUACCAGACAGCGCACGAGCCAAGGGGGUAGAGGCGAACAACGCAGCGUUUUUGGUGUCGAUUGUAGGCAUUGCUAACACAGUGGCUAGAAUCGUGAUGGGUGUGUUUGCAGACUUCAAGUGCAUUAAUAGAGGCUAUAUGUUCGGGACCAGUGUCAUGAUUGCAGGCAUCAUGGUUUCCAUAUUGCCAUUUAUGAAGGAGUACGGUGUGAUUGCAACGGUGUGCACGUUUUACGGGUUAACCCUUGGAACCUUCGUCUCCUUGGCCCCGGUUGUUCUGAGAGAUUUAGUCGGUAUUGAGAAACUCGGACCAUCAUUUGGACUCACCAUGUUAGCCAUAGGUUUGGGUUCCCUUCUCUUAUCGGCUGGAGGUAGUUUGUACGAUUUAACAGGCUCUUACGAUGUCACCUUUUAUAUCACCGGCUCUCUAUUAUUCGUUGCCGGUGGAGCUCUUCUGUUGUUGCCAUGGAUACGUGACCUGCAGGGACGAUGUUGUCACCAUGGCAGCGCAAAUAUCACCACAGAAACUGAACUAUGACAACGUUAGUGAAUGACUUUAUGUUAUUGUGCACUUUCUAGGAAUGGUCUAUAGAAGGCGCAAAACAAAAAAAAAAUGAAAUUGUUGCAGAAACUGAUGCAUAAAAUGGAGAAAAUUGUCGUUUGAAUUCAAAACACUAUAAAAAGAAAAGCGAUUUAAACAUCACAACAAAUUAUAAAGGUUGAACAUUUUAAAUCUUGAUAUACCAGUAUUAAAGUGAGAGACGAAUUAAUAA